ACUGCAAGUUUGAAGAUCUAAGCAUCUCAUUCACACUGUGCACAAGAGGAUCAUCUUGCAAGCCCUACAUUUUUCUUUCUUCAGGUCUCAGAAUUCUUCCUUUGCAGCAAGCAGGCAGCUCUGGCUUGCCUAGAAGAGUAACAGCCCACAAAAGUCUCAGCCUAUAACUAACUACUGCCUCUGUUCUCAGCGGAGCACCAGUGUGGAGACCUGAAAAGAUGGUGCUUGAUCUCCUGGAACGUUUAUUUCUUCUCCUAUUGCUGCUGGGACUAUGGGGACCAAUGUGUCCACUUUAUGCUUUGCCUAGGAAUCUCACCAAGGCUGGCUGGUUUAAAAUUCAGCAUAUACAGCCACUCCCUCUUCAAUGCAACACGGCAAUGAGUGGUGUCAAUAAUUAUACUCGGCACUGUAAGCCUCAAAACACCUUUCUGCAUGACUCCUUCCAGAGCGUGGCUAUUGCCUGUAUGUCACCUAACAUCUUCUGCAAGAAUGGUCAGAAGAAUUGCCACCAGAGUACAAAGCGUGUGUAUAUGACCAACUGCAAUCUCAUUGCAGGGAAGUAUCCUGCCUGCCGCUACAAAGAAGCUAACCAGUCCAAGUUCUUCAUUAUUGCCUGUGACCCCCCUCAAAAGAGUGACCCUCCCUAUCAGUUGGUUCCUGUACACUUAGAUAAGGUUAUUUAAAGUUUUCAUCACUUUUCCUCUCACUUGGUACAGGUUCUCUUAUGAGCUCUUCUGCCUGUACUUUUCUUUCGUUGAUUUCCCUGGUUCCCAUAGAAGAAAGGAUGGUAUUUGGAGAAUUAGAGUGCCAAGGAUACCCCAGACCAGAGUUGGAACAAAAAGAUUCUUUUCUGCUUUGGAGCUCUAUGUGUUUCAAAGAAAGACAAUAGGGAAGAGGACAAAGAAGGGUUCAGACCUCCAUAUUUUUAAUCUCGGAACUUCUGCCAAGCUUUGUUGCACUGUGUUCACAGCAAUAAAACCAU